AUGUCCAUUGAGAAGCAGUUCCCCUGUAAGUGCCAGCCCCCUGUCCCCUUCCACCCCCAUCCUGGGCUGACCAGCCACAGCCCAGGCCCAUCCCUGUGGCUUGUGGGCAGGGCAGGGGCCAUUUCCCUUUCAGUAACUGAAGGGGCACAGAACAUGUAUCAGAAUAUGGUGUUGGGGGUUCCGGGGCCCCAGAUUUCAAACAAAAACAGUCAGGGGCAAUGCUCCAUGCUGGGAACCACAGAACUGACCGCCCUGCCCAGGGAGGCUUGUUCCCAUCAGCCCUGCCAUUCCCAGCAUGAACCCUGCAACCUGCCCCAGGGCCACACUGACCUGUCCCCAGUGGGCACAUCAACCCUGUUUGCAGCCCAGUGUUCAUGGUGA